AUAAGAAUGAAAAUAAUUUGUGUUUUAUUAUCAAUUGUGUUUGUCAAUAUUUUGGCAAAUAUAACACCCUAUUUGAGGUUGACCGCACUUACAAAUAAACACAUCGAGCUAGCUUAUGAAUAUUUUGAUGAUAUAAAAGGAAAUGGACUGGAAUAUGUAAUUAAAGCAAUUGUCUGUGAAAAUUUAUAUACGAUGGAUGAAAUGAAUUUUAUGAUCGCUGUGCCCGAUAAAGCAAGUAUUGCUGCCAAUCAGAGACUGGUAGCUGUAUCUCACCAGAUGAAUAUGCAGUAUCAAAUAAUAAUAAAAUUGGGUAUAAUGCCUGAACUUAACGCUGCAAACCUAUAUUUCGGAAACCUAAAUUUGCCCGCUCUUGCCGCAUGGAGAAGACGUUUUACUAGAAAUGCUUUAAGAAAUAUAAUUCGCCGUGAAUUAAUUAGAAACGAAACGGAAAGAGGACCAGAACGCGUCACUUUUAAUCAGAAGUGUCGGUUUUUAGGAUUGUGGAUGAGUAUAAUUGUUCCAACAUUAUAUACAAAAUCAACUCACACCGGUCCCAAUAAUGAUUGUGUCAUAACGGAUAUAGCCAAUCAUAUUACCAUUUACAGAUCCAUUGAGGGCAAAUAUUGGGCCCUAAGAAAUACGCUCAAUUGUCAAGUCAAGUGAGUCAUUAAAUAAAGUGUAAUUUUAUUUAGCAAAGCUAAAGACCAAGAAAAGUAUCUUAAUCCCUUUUCCCUAAAAAGGGAAAAAGCUAACUGUGGAAAUCGGCCGAUGAAGAAGCCAAGACUAUUGUGUUUAAGUUGUUUAAAAUAAUAUACUGAGAGUGCAGGUAAUCAAAUAUUUUUUUUUAUAUUUAAAAAUAUAUCAUCAUCGUCAGCUUAACCGGCCUUUAAAACCUAACGCUACCACGGUGAAAUGAUGGGUUCUAGCUCACUGUCCGGGACGGGUUGUCACUUGACAGUCCGUCAUCGGUAAUUAUUAACUCUUUUUGUUCUCAUAACUUUAUAUCAACAAUGACU